CACGUGCUCUACUUUCUCUUACAUGCCCUAAUAUUUCAGCCUAGUCUUUAGGUUUUAGUUUCAGACUGAACCAAAACAGUUACGGAUCAGAUUCUUUGAAACUGUAUGAUUCUUUGACUUCUUCUUAAAAGCUGACAUACUGAAGGAUCCUCUUUGAUUUGUAAACUUCCUUUUCUUUUUCUGGAUUGUUAGUUCCUGUUGUUGAGCGCAAUGAAAACUUGCAACGGACCAUCUCGCCUGCUGGUUCAGCUAAUGUGCAUUACAUUUUUACCAGUUUUUGUGGCACAAAGGGUCGAAGUCUCACCUGAAGUGACUGGAUACGUUGGAGAUGAUGUCACCUUGCAUUGUCAGUUAAUCCAAGGACCAACACAUACCAAUAUAACUCAGGUUCAGUGGGCUCUUCAGGAUGAAGAAGGAACAGGAAAAAAGAAAGUCACUCUCAUUGUUUUCAACACGAUGUUUGGAGUGAAUAUUUCUGAGAGCCCACUGAAGGAGAGAGUGGCGUUUGAUAAACAUUCGUUGGUAAUUAAGGCUCUAGAAAUGAAAGAUGCAGGAUCCUAUACCUGCAUCAUUUCCACUUUUCCCAGUGGGGCAUUUGAAGGAACCACCAAACUUGUUGUUCAAGAAAAUAUGGCAUUAUCAGUGGGGGCAGCUCUUAGAGUGGCUGCUGUCCUGUUGCUGUUAGCAAUCCUGAUGGCCGUGGUUUUUCUUGUCAGUAUUAGAAGAUAUGAUCCCAGCACUGCUAGAGUUCAAACUGCCCCUGACAUCCUGAAGUAUGUACAAAAGCAACAGUGAUACAACUUCAUCUCUUGGCUCAACAAAGACAUUUUACCUGCUGCUGCCUUCUCCUGAGAAUUGGAUGAAACCAGAAUCUUUCUUCCUUUUCUAGUUUAGGAACAUCAGGCAAACUCAUCAUCGCUUCAUGUCAACUUAAUUUUUUUCUUUUUCAGAGUCCAUUUAUUGAGGACAAAUUUUUCAUUUGGAAGUACUGACAUCUGCUGGUCAUUCGAUGUACAGCAGCCCAACUGUGAUAUUACAUGCAGCCUAACUUGUUUCUUCUUCUGCUAGUGUAGAAACCAGUGUUAAGAAGCAGAAAUUCCAAAGCAGCAUGCAAGAUUAAUAAUCCCUGUACCGGCUUAAGAGUUGGCAGCCAGAAUCUCUGUGAAUUUUAGUAGGCUACUGCUCAUCCUUUGUCCCUAACGUUGCUGACAGAGCAGGAAGUAGGGAGCUGCUGAAAUUGAGGAAGCACUGCUAGUCCGACUGAUUUGCUGUUAGAGAAACAAGGAGAAUGUGGGUUUCGAAACAGCCACUGAACUAAUGACUUGGACAGGAUAUUGGACUCUGUGGUGACUGAUUACUUGCUUUGCUGGAGCCUUUAGUUUCUUUUUUGUAUUCUUUUUUUUAGAAUACCACCUUUUUACUCAGAGGUAUCUCAGAGAUAUUAUUAUUCAUAAAGUUAAAUAAACAUCUAUUAUAUUACCAAAAAUUCUUUAUUAUUGGCUGAAAAUGGCAAGUGGUAGAAGAAUUUUUCAAACCAUUCCUUUGGGGAAAGGAGGAAUUAAGCACCAUGACCUCACCACACUGUGGUAUGAAAAAGUGAUAAAGUGAUUGCGCCCUUCUUGAUUUGCUCUUUUUCUGUAUGUUUGUCACACUUAUGUAAAUAUUAGACAAAGAUAAAACAAGUAAACGUAAAAUGCAGUUUCUAAAUAAAGGUGUUUAUUGUUAAGGAGGGAAAAAGUCCAAUCACUUUUUCACUGUGUGAAAAAAACAGCUGGAGACAUGGGUUAAAAUAAGAGCUCAUUCAUAAGUGAUUUGUCGUUAUGGAAUUGUUCUUUUAUUUGUUUUAUUUUAUUGUUACAAUAAGUGAUGGUUGGAAAAAAAAAAGUUUUACACUUCUUACUGUGACUAGCAGGAGCUUUUAUUUUGAAGAUCUACAGGAGGUUGUGCGUUAACAUGCCGUGUUGCCACGAGUAACUGGAAAAAAAGAAAAGCCGAUGAUAUCUUAAUUAGCAGCAGAAACUGUCUUGGUUACUGAAGCAAAUCUUCAUAAAAGUUGUUAAAAAAAAAAAAUGUUCCAGAAGUAAUUGGCCAAUAUCUCAAUGGUGAGAUGAAUGUUAGGGAGAGCUGCUGAAAUCAAAAUUAGUGCCAGCUAAAUUAAGGGUGUUUCACAUGACUGGAUCAGGUCUUUUAUUGAGCUAUGAGGUCAUUGGAAAAAGGUCCAGUGAAUCCACCGGAUGGUGAGCCUCCCAGUGUGAACUCCAGGAUCCAGAUCAGCACAACCAGUCAGACAGCGAGUGAUUUUUCUGGCUUCUGGUAGGAUUCCACCAGUUAUCCUGACUGGUAACAGUUGAUAGACAAAAAUAAUGUACUUCAGCCCAGGUUGUAAUGUCUGUUUUGAAGCUGUAAUCUGUUGAUUUAAAAAAAGUCAC